ACAAGAAGCGGAAGAAGAAGGCUCUUAACUGGUUUCAAACCCCUCAUAAGUCUCAUAAGAAGAAGACAAUGAAGAAGAUGGGAGUUCCUGAGAAAAUUCUCUGCGUCUUCAUGCUUCUGCUGCACAAGAGCUGUCAACAACAAGUGUUUAAUGAUGAGACGACACUCGAUCUCCCUGCAAAUUAUAAAAUCGGCUGGAUGAAAACUCUGGAUGAUCGUAAGUUAAUUUCUCACAUCACUAUUCCUGGUACUCACGACACCAUGGCUCUUCAUGGAGGACCAGCAGCAGAAUGUCAGUCGUGGUCACUGGAGAACCAGCUAAAGGCCGGCAUACGCUACCUGGACUUAAGAGUGAAUGGGAAUGACUUGAAACUUGUGCAUGGUGUGAUUUCACAGCAUACAACAUUCUCUGAUGCCAUCGACACAAUUAAGAUUUUUCUGGCUCAAUAUAAAACUGAGGCAGUGUUGGUCCGAGUCAAGCACGAGUAGGGCCCAUUUCCAGCAAGUGUUCUAAAUGAACUUAAAAAUGAUCCUGAUUGUUGGGUUAGUGAUGAAAUACCACGAAUUGGAAAGGUAAGAGGAAAGAUUGUUUUUGUUCAGAAAAACAACUUCAAACUAGGAAUUGUUUUGUUAGAAACUGAUAAAAAAGAUGACUAUAAAGUAAGCCAUGUCAAAAUUAAGGAAGCUGAAAUUACUCAGCAUCUGAAUGAGGCUUUAAAAGACUGUAAAGCUGAUAUUGCUGUGCUGAACUAUUCAAGCGGUACAGGCUGGCCUCUGCUGAGACUAGAGAACACCCCUAAAAGAGUGGCAAAAGAAAUCAACCCUUGGUUAUAUAAUCAUCUCCUAGACUUUUCCGAACAGAAUCCAAAGCGUUGUUUUGGGAUCUUGGCGAUGGACUUUCCUGGCUUUGAUUUGAUACAACUGCUCAUUAGUUUUGAUUAGUAGUUGUUUAAGCUUUUUCAU